CAGAGGAAGAAUGAAAAAAGUGGAUACAAAGUGAAGAAGCCUUGUCGCUCAACAUGUGUGAAGCUAUUCACAAUUUUUCAAUGGGGCUUCGGGAGCUUAUUAAGGACUAUUUUUUAGGUUUCUGGGACUAUGAGACCCCAAAAGUUAUGGUGGUUAAAAACAAUACUCUUGGAGUUAUUUACAGAGGUGUUCAGUUUCUUGUCAUCACAUAUUUUAUCUGGUAUGUUUUUAUAAGCCAGAAAGCCUAUCAAGAGAUUGAAACUCAUCCAGAGAGUUCUGUUUACACUACGAUGAAGGGCAUCGCAGUUCAUGGUGACAACAUUCUGGACACUGCAGAGUAUGCCCGACCAUCUGAAGGUGGGGAUGUAAUCAGUACAAUACUGAGAAGAGAAGUCACAUAUGAUCAACAGCAAGGAACCUGCGCAGAGUAUCACCAGGUUAACAAUGCCAACUGCACAUCAGAUUCAGACUGCGUGGAGGGAGAAGUCAACUUUAAUGGCCAUGGUAGAAGGACAGGGAGAUGUGUGUGGUACUAUAACAACACAUUUAAAACCUGUGAAAUCCAGAGCUGGUGUCCUGUUGAAGAUUAUGCAGCAGUGCGUGAACCAGCGUUAGUGGAGGCCAUCAAUUUUACUGUAUUUAUCAGGAACUCCAUCCACUUCCCUAAAUUCAAAGUACUAAGAGGGAAUAUAAAAUAUGCUCCAAACAAGCGCAUGCUGCGCAGAUACCUGAAUAAGUGCCAUUAUGAUGAAGAGAAAGAGCCCUAUUGUCCAAACUUCAGACUGGGAUACAUUGCUAAUAAGGCAAGGGAGAAUUUUAACGAGCUGUGCCAAACAGGUGGAGUGAUUGGCGUGGUCAUUAACUGGCACUGUGACCUAGACGUGGAUGCAUCAAACUGUAAACCCACAUACUCUUUUCGCCGUCUUGAUAUGAGGAAAGAUUUAUCAAAUUCAGGCUAUUACUACAGGUUUGGCAAAUAUUACAGCAAGGAUGGAGUAGAGUCUAGGACACUUAUCAAGGCUUUUGGUAUCCGCCUGGAUGUCAUAGUUCACGGACAUGCUGGGAAAUUUAGUCUUGUUCCAACAAUCAUCAGUAUAGUGACAGCAAUGACAUCUGUUGGGAUUUGCUCAAUUAUUUGUGACUGGAUCAUGCUUACAUUUAUUGACAAGAAUGAAGUCUACAGUGAAAAAAAAUUUGAUGAAGUUGCCAAAGAACCCAUGCAACAUAUUUCCACAGGGUUUGGAUACAUCGUCGACUAUGGCUCUACACACUCAGACCUGUCAGAUGGUGUCCCGCUGUAG